GGCGCGCGCAGUGCGGUCUGUGCCGGGGAGCGUGAGCGCGCACAGGUCAGGGUGAGGAGCGGGAGCGCGGCGGUCCCGGUGUGUGUUGGGAGCGCGCGGUUCCGGUGGCGGAGGCGGUUGCUGUCGGAGAUCCUGGGGAGUCCAUAGCGACCAGUGAGUCAUUCGUAGGCUGAGCACUAGAAGCCAAGAAUUGCACUCCUGUUUCAGUCAUUCGUAGGCCGAUAAUCGCCAUUUAGGUUCUCCUGCAGGAGAAAACUGGAUGUUGAACAGGUGCCCAGGGGACCCAGAUAUUUCAAGGCUUUCCAUCCCACUGGAAUAUGACAGACACAUAGCAUCCAGCAAGAACAUGGCAGCAGCAUAUCUAGAUCCAAACCUCAACCACACACCUAGCUCCAACGCCAAGUCCCGCCUCAGUGCUGGCAUGGAGCGUUCCCCUGGUGCCAUCGAGAGAGUACUAAAGGUCUUCCAUUUCUUCGAAAGCAACAGUGAACCCACUACGUGGGCCAGCAAUAUUCGCCACGGAGAUGCUACAGAUGUCAGGGGCAUAAUCCAGAAGAUUGUUGACAGUCACAAGGUGAAGUGUGUGGCUUCGUAUGGCUUACGACUCAGUCACCUGCGCUCUGAGGAAAUUCAUUGGCUGCAUCCGGAUAUGGGUGUGUCCCACAUUCGGGAGAAAUACGAGCAAGCGCACCCCCCAGACGAGUGGAAGUAUGAGCUUAGAAUUCGAUAUUUGACCAAAGGUUUUUUAAAUCAGUUCACGGAGGAUAAACCAACACUGAAUUUCUUUUACCAACAGGUGAAAAAUGACUACAUGUCCGAAAUAGCCGAUCACGUGGACCAGGAUAUCGCAUUGAAGCUGGGCUGCCUUGAAAUCCGGAGGUCAUAUGGGGAAAUGAGGGGGAACGCCCUGGAAAAGAAAUCAAACUACGAGGUUUUAGAGAAAGAUGUAGGUUUGAAGAGAUUCUUCCCAAAGAGCUUGCUGGAUUCUGUAAAGGCAAAGACGUUAAGAAAGCUGAUUCAGCAGACCUUCCGCCAAUUUGCUAAUCUGAACAGGGAAGAAAGCAUCCUGAAAUUCUUUGAAAUCCUCUCACCGGUUUACAGAUUUGACAAGGAAUGCUUUAAAUGUGCCCUUGGAUCCAGUUGGAUUAUUUCUGUAGAGUUGGCUAUUGGGCCAGAAGAUGGAAUUAGCUACCUGACUGACAAAGGUUCUAAUCCCACCCAUCUGGCAGACUUUACUCAGGUACAGACCAUUCAGUAUUCAAGCAGUGAGGACAAGGACAGGAAAGGGAUGCUGCAGUUGAAGAUAGCCGGUGCUCCAGAGCCACUGACUGUGUCAGCGUCUUCCCUCACCAUCGUAGAGAACAUGGCGGACUUAAUAGAUGGAUACUGCCGGCUAGUGAGCGGAGCCUCUGAAUCUUUUAUCAUCAGACCACAGAAAGAAGGGGAACGAGCUUUACCAUCAAUACCAAAACUGGCCAAUAAUGAGAAGCAUGGAGUCCGAACGCACACAGUCUCCGUGUCAGGUUCCACACCCUCUCUUCCUAGAAACCAGAAAGCCAAAUGCUUUUUGCCAUUCAUCCUUUGCUCCCAAGAGUCGCCUUCAAAGGAGGAAUUUAGUGAGGACGAGACUGAUGACUAUGCAGAGAUUAUAGAUGAAGAAGAUACGUAUACAAUGCCCUCCAAAAGCUAUGGAUUAGAUGAAGCCGGUGAUUAUGAAAUCCAGAGAGACCGCAUUGAGUUGGGCAGGUGCAUUGGUGAAGGGCAGUUUGGUGAUGUCCAUCAAGGGGUUUACAUGAGCCCAGAAAAUCCUGCAAUGGCUGUGGCAAUCAAAACCUGCAAGAACUGCACAUCAGACAGUGUGAGGGAAAAGUUCUUACAAGAGGCCUUAACAAUGCGCCAGUUUGACCACCCACAUAUUGUGAAGCUGAUUGGCGUCAUUACAGAAAACCCAGUGUGGAUUAUCAUGGAACUCUGCACCCUGGGAGAGUUACGAUCGUUUUUACAAGUAAGGAAGUACAGCUUGGAUCUGGCGUCUCUGAUCCUGUACGCUUACCAGCUCAGCACAGCGCUCACCUACCUGGAGAGCAAACGAUUUGUACAUAGGGAUAUUGCUGCUAGAAAUGUAUUGGUUUCUUCCUCCGACUGCGUAAAAUUGGGCGAUUUCGGCCUCUCGCGAUAUAUGGAAGACAGUACUUAUUAUAAAGCUUCCAAAGGGAAAUUACCCAUUAAAUGGAUGGCUCCAGAAUCCAUAAACUUCCGCCGUUUUACCUCCGCUAGCGACGUAUGGAUGUUUGGUGUUUGCAUGUGGGAAAUAUUAAUGUAUGGUGUGAAGCCUUUCCAAGGUGUGAAGAAUAAUGAUGUGAUAGGCCGAAUUGAAAACGGCGAACGCUUGCCAAUGCCCCCCAACUGCCCGCCUACCCUCUAUAGCCUUAUGACAAAGUGCUGGGCUUACGACCCCAGCCGAAGACCACGGUUUACAGACCUAAAAACACAACUCAGUACGAUUUUAGAAGAGGAGAAGGUGCAGCAGGAAGAGCGGAUGAGGAUGGAGACACGGCGUCAGGUCACAGUGUCCUGGGAUUCUGGAGGGUCUGAGGAACCCCCUCCAAAGCCCAGCAGACCUGGUUAUCCCAGCCCGCGCUCCAGCGAGGGGUUUUUCCCAAGUCCACAACACAUGGUGCAGCCAAAUCAUUACCAGGUGUCUGGUUAUCCAGUAUCCCAUGUGAUUCCACCCAUGUCAGGAAACUUGUACCCAGGUCAGGCCUCUGUUUUGGAUCAUCUGGAUUCCUGGAACCAUCGGACGCAGGAAAUCAAUAUGUGGCAGCCUAAUAUGGAGGAGUCUGGAUCUUUGGACAUGCGGGGUCUAGGUCCUGUUUUACCGGCUCAUUUAAUGGAGGAACGCCUAAUAAGACAACAGCAAGAAAUGGAAGAGGAUCAGCGUUGGCUGGAAAAGGAAGAACGAUUCUUGAAACCCGAUGUCCGGCUAUCCAGGGGCAGCAUCGAUCAUGUUGAUGGGGGUAUCCAGUGCCCGACUGGUAACCAGCACAUCUAUCAGCCUGUUGGGAAGCCAGAACAUACGGCUCCACCAAAGAAACCACCUCGUCCCGGAGCUCCCAGCCACCUAAGUAAUCUGGGUAUGAACAGUCCAGUGGACAGCUACAAUGAAGGGGUCAAGCUGCAGCCUCAGGAAAUUAGUCCACCACCAACUGCAAACCUGGAUCGUACAAACGACAAAGUGUAUGAGAAUGUGACCGGCCUGGUGAAAGCGGUAAUAGAAAUGUCUAGCCGAAUUCAGCCAGCACCUCCAGAGGAGUACGUCCCCAUGGUGAAGGGAGUGGGCCUGGCACUUCGGACGUUACUGGCAACUGUCGAUGAAACCAUCCCAAUCCUUCCAGCCAGCACACACAGAGAGAUUGAGAUGGCACAGAAGUUAUUGAACUCUGAUCUAGCUGAGCUGAUCAACAAGAUGAAGUUGGCGCAGCAGUAUGUGAUGACCAGCCUCCAACAGGAAUACAAGAAGCAGAUGCUGACUGCCGCGCAUGCGCUGGCUGUGGACGCUAAAAACUUGCUAGAUGUCAUUGACCAAGCCAGACUGAAAAUGAUUGGGCAGUCGAGGCCACACUAAACAUCGAGGCCCGAGCUACUAUUCAUUUCAUGUUUAACUUAACACAAAGUUUUCCUUUGGGAUUACGUCUUGCCUUCCACCAGCAACCCUCUGCAACAGCGGGCAACUGCUUCUCCGACGACGAUAGCCCCCACAUGGCACCUCCUGCAGUUUUAUCUUUUAUUUUAUUCUCAAUAUAAAUGCUGAUAAACAGGUGGCCAAGAUUCGGUAUGUGGACAAUCGACGGAGCGAGUGUUGGAUGCAAACCUUUACAGUUAACACUUUAUGGACCUAUUUAAAUGACACAGAAGAGACGCAGGACAAUGAAAGCCAACAGCCAGGCCAAGUGUGUGCACCAUGGUGACAUUCAGAGAAAUGCUGCGAUACAAAUAAAUCCGAGAAACUAUAGAGCAGACUGAUCUGAAUAAAACCAGUUGCUGCAGCUGAAAUCUGCUCUUUUUUUUUUGUAUUCGUAAAACACAUAGGUCGCAAUAUGCUACUCACAUUUUACACAGAAAGAAAAUACGAAGCUAUAUUUUCAAGACUAAAUCAUUGGGGGGGGGAAAGGCAUCUAUUGGAUCUUUCCGACUGUUUCCCCUCCUUGUGGAUGUGUGAAGCCUUUGAAUGGAAAUGAACAGAGAACUGAAAAUUCUUGUAUGUCGUUUUUUUUUUUUUUCUUAUUUUUCACAAAAAUAAAGUGCCAGUUUAUUUUAUUUUUUCCCCUUGGGGGUUGCUCCUUUAUGUGACACACAAUAUCUCACAAAGAGAAAUUUCCAUUUAUUUUUGUUAAUAAUUUAUAAUGCAUUGAUCAGGCCAUGUUAACAUAAUCCCUAGUUUGUCUGUUAUCUGUCGCCUGAUAGUUAAAACUAGUUUCCUUGGCUAAUAUGAUGGGUUUUUGUUUGUUUUUCUGUUUUUUUUUAUUAUUUUUAUUGCCGAUGUUCUUACCCAAAUAAAUUAUCAGACCGUUUGCUCUAUAACACAUAACCCCCUUUCUGUUUGUUAGGGGGUAUAAAUUAUUCUCAGGAAGAAUGUAAUGGACUUGUACAGAUGCUUUGACCUAUUAAAUAGGGGUCUCCUGUGAAUUUACGUAUUGUUACAGUUGAUCAUUAUCGCAGAUAUUAGGACACAAAUUGAUUUUUAAAAAAACCUCCAUAGAUUGACUUCAGCUUUGGUCUCCUGGACAAAUGAGCAGCUAAGCAUUGCAUCAUCUCCUUUAUAGAUCAUUUAAAUAUUAAAGGAUUUGGAUAUAUGA